AUAUUGUUUGUAGAGACACAGACCUCCACGUCACCCUUACUUGAGUUUGGUUGUUGCUCCACGUCAUCUGCUUUGUCUCUCUCUCUCUCUCUCUGUUUCAAAUCUGAGAAAAAUGGAGAGCGGUGAUGACGAGAGCAGUACGCCGGUGGUUCUGAUAACGGGAUGUUCUCAGGGAGGGAUUGGACACGCUCUGGCGCGUGAGUUUACUGAUAAGGGAUGUCGAGUGGUGGCGACGAGCCGGUCGCGGAGCUCGAUGACGGAUCUGGAGCAAGAUUCGAGGUUGUUCGUGAAGGAGCUUGAUGUUCAGUCUGAACAGAACGUGAGCAAGGUUUUGUCGGAGGUUAUUAAUGAGUUCGGAAGGAUCGACGUUCUUGUUAAUAACGCCGGCGUUCAAUGCGUUGGACCUUUGGCGGAGAUUCCAAUUUCCGCAAUGGAAAACACCUUCAACACCAAUGUUUUUGGUUCCAUGAGGAUGACUCAAGCUGUUGUACCUCACAUGGUGUCUAAAAGAAAGGGAAAAAUUGUGAAUGUUGGAAGUAUCACUGUUAUGGCACCAGGUCCUUGGGCUGGUGUCUAUACAGCUACCAAAGCUGCUAUUCAUGCUCUCACCGAUACCCUGAGGUUGGAGCUUAGGCCCUUUGGGAUUGAUGUCAUCAACGUUGUCCCGGGAGGAAUACGUACAAACAUAGCAAACUCUGCUGUAGCAACCUUCAACAAAAUGCCUGAGCUUAAACUGUACAAGCCUUAUGAAGAAGCUAUCAGAGAAAGGGCGUUUAUAUCACAGAGGAUGAAGCCAACUCCUGCAGAAACGUUCGCCAAAGAUACUGUAGCUAUAGUGUUGAAGAAGAACCCACCCGCUUGGUUCUCUUCAGGCAGGUACUCAACCCUCAUGGCAAUCAUGUACCAUAUGCCCCUUUGGCUCAAAGAUUUUCUCCAGAAGCAGGCUUUAAUGAAGAAGUGAUUAUCAAAUUCAGCUUUAACGUUCAAGACAAAGAGUGUAACAUGAAAAUGAAUGUAAAAGCUUGUUCAAACUGUUAAUUGAAUCUUAUGUCUCCAUGUUUGAGCAA